CAGUGUAAAGAUGGCUGCCUUGACUGGAGAGAAGGGACACGCUCGUCUUGCCAACAGAUAUGCACUUUGCACGGCUGGGAGAGUGAAGACACGAUGUUCUGCACGAUGGGCUGUGUCUACGCGGCCCAGUCUUACAUACGGCAGACUGAAGAGCUGAUCGGCAACCCCCCGCCCCCAUGCUGGUGGGCCGGAGCGUGAGUGGGUCGAGCGUGGGCCUCCGGUGGAGCGGCGCCCCCGAGGUGGAGGACGUCAAGUACCUGGUGCAGUACCAGCAGAACAAGGGGCCUCCCGAGUGGGUCUAUUAUAGGCCUAGUCACCCGGUCAACUCUACGGAAAUUAUCGUGGAGGAUCUGAAGCCUUAUACCAAGUACCAGUUUCGCAUCGCCUGGCUGGUCCUGCCUCGCCACUCGCCCGUCCUCUCCAACCCGAGCUCGUGGAUCAGCACCCUCGCCUCGGGGCCUCCGCGAUCGCCCCCUCGGGAGCUCCGCGCUGUCCCUCUUGACUGGUCCCGCGUCGAGGUGUCGUGGGAUCCGCCCCUCUUCCCGGGCGGAGACCUCAUCUCGUACACUCUCUACUCCAAGGAUGCUGAGGGGAAGCAGGAGAUGAGGGAUAACAUCGAUGCGAAUAGUGAGAGGAGAUACAUUCUUUCGGAAUUAUCGGCAAACACGACAUACAUCCUGAACCUCACCUCCACCAACCACCGCGGAGAAGGCCCAGCUGUUGUUGCUCAAGUGACAACUUAUCCUACGGCUCCUGCUGUUGACGACGGCCAAGGUUACCUGCUACUUACCUCAGGGUCAAGGAUCUUAAGACUAGGACUAGAUAUAACGGACGCUCCUCAACAUCUCUACAACGUAUCUGAGCACCUCAAUAUUACGGGAAUGGCUGUCUAUAUUCCCUUCGACGUGAUAUACAUCAGCGACACAGGCGGCUCCAUAACGCAGCUGAUUCCAUCUUCUAAGAAAGUCUACACGCUGCUGACGCAAAACCACCUCCACGGCUACCCGCUGAGUCUCUCGGUCGACUGGCUCUACUACCACCUCUAUUACAUCGUUCACUUGGAGCCUACGAUGAACAACGUGUGGCAGUUGUGGAGGUGCAAUCUGAGCGGAAAAUACCCUGUGCUCAUCUACGGGGAACUCCAUUACGAGCCGAAGCAUCUACAGGUGGACCCUUACAAUGGGUACAUAUGGUGGAUCUCCGAGGACGUGGACGGCGGCCUGUACCGUCUCGACAUGAACGACAGCGACGAGACGAAAGAACCAGAGAUCGUCCUGAGUUCCCCGGAGCUCGACUUGGGCGGCCUGGUGCUCGACCCGCCCAAUUUCCAGGUCCUCGUGGCAGACAGGAAGAAUAAUGCGAUGCUGGCUGUGUCUCUGGACGGCACUUCGGUUACCAACCUCCGUGCCAACACCCAGCGCGCCUUCUUCCAACACCUGAAGUCGGUCGUCCACCUGAACAGUCGGUUCUUCUGGACUGAUGGCAGUGAAGUCUACACUGAAGAACUUAAUGAUGGCACUUUCUAUCAUAACAGUUAUAGCAUGAACACCGUCGAUGUGGGAACUAUUGUCGCUGUUCACGGUUCAACACAGCCUGUUCCUGUUCCACUUAAUCCACCUACGGACCUGCAGGCUGUGUUCACCCGCACGACGGCUUCCCUCCGGUGGAAUGCUCCGGCUUUGCCUGCACUUAUGGGUUCACGUGCAUGGCAAAUAUGGCGGUAUGACGUCCACAUCCAGGAAGGCCGGAAGACCAUUUCGGACAAGAAUAUAGCAAGGACGUCAUACCAGGCUGUUAAUCUCAGGCCGGGGACAUUUUAUAUAAUCAAGGUGAGUAAGCAUACUCCCCGGGGGAAAAGGCCCUGGAGUCGAGAAUUUCGAGGUCGUACUCGAUGCCACGGACGACGCCCUCAGCUGGUGUGGGCGACGAAGGACAAGAUCUUCAUGUCGAGCCUCGUCGGGAGUGACAGUUCGGUGCUCGUGCCUCAGGAGACGUUGCAGGCGAAGUUGAAGGGCGAGAAGAUCGUGGACUUGGCUUUUUUUCGAGAUACUCUGGUUAUGGCUGUGAGCAACCAGAGCGUCUUCCUGAUGAACAUGACGGCCUCGACUUUUGCUGAAGUGCCCAAUACCCACGGCGUUCUCUCGGUGUCCGUGGAUUGGCUGACGCAGCGCCUCUUCUGGGCCAAUCCUCACAGGCAGAUGAUCGGCUGGUCGAGCCUGCAGGGGACGUCCCAGGGGCCCCUCAACGUGGUCACGGCAGCCAGGGAGGUCCGCGUGGACGCCCUUCACGGCCGCCUCUUCUGGACGACGCCUCACGCCCUCCUCGUCUCGACUCUGGCCGGCAGGAACGUCUCCACCAUCCACCAGGAGGGCAUCUUCAGUGGCAAGCAAGUGUAUGGGCUGACGGUGGACACCUUUGGAGCUCGCAUAUGGUGGAUUGUUCGAGAUGCCGAAGGUUGUAAGUUAUUUGGGGCAUCGAUGAAGGAAAAGGUUGUUAAGUUUCCAACCAAGGCACUUCCACAACCGGUUAUGCUUGGCCCCAUGUGGUACCUGAGCGAGCGCCUCCUGUGGCUCGGGGAGGACGGGGACCUGGUGGUAUCGGACACGAGCCUCAACAACUCUGCCGCUCUUAAUACCUCUAGCUUGGGCGUGUUGCAUUUCACUGUGAUGUUGCCCGAUCUGCAACCCAUGCCAGCCAACGUGCUCGAGCCCCAGGUGAUCCCGGGCCAGAUCGACGAGAGCUCCGUGGUGGUGGAGGGGACGUGGGAGGAGUUCGCCCUCCGGUGGUCCCCCAUCACCAACAUCAACUACGGCAACCUUCUGUACGAGGUCAUCAUCGACAACGGAUCCGGCAAGAAGGCGAUCCUGACCAGAAACAACUCCAUUCCUUACGAGGAGAAGCUGCCUCCUUAUUCUCCCCUGAAGCUGUCCGUGAGGGGCAUCACGGACUGGAGCGUCGGCACGAGGCUCAUCAAGACGAUAAGGACUCCCGCGUCCCUGCCCGGCCCUCCUCAGGACCUGCGGACGUUCGUGCAGAAGGUGCAGGACACAGUUGCAAUCAUUCACUUGCGCUGGUCGGCUCCUGAGAAGCCAAACGGCGAGAUAACAUCCUACGAGGUCAUCGAAUGCUCCGGGGAGAGCGAAGGGCACUGCAGGAGCGUUUCGGUGGAGGCGAGCCAGAUCAAGGUCAAGGUGGAGAACCUCAGUCCCGAUCAAGUCUACAGGUUCAAAGUCGCGGCUGUGAACGAAAUCGGCAAAGGACCUUACAGUUCCGAGGUGACAGGGGGCCUGCAGCAGCACAUGCCCACUCCUUCCCUCAUCGUAGUCGCCGGUGAAGCCCUGAUGAAGCUCGACGCCGACCUGCAGGAGGAGAGAGAGAUCCUGAGUGAGAAUUCGAGAGUGCAGUGGGUGUCCGCUCUCCUCUCCAACUCCUCCUUCGCCUGGAUGGACAUGAACUCGGACGUCUAUAUCACGCACAUGACCACGAAUUACACGGAGAGGCUCUUGCGUCUAGGCGGCCAGGGCGUGGGUUUGGCCGCCGACUGGGUCAGGGAGAUCAUCGUGUGGGCCGAGAGACCGUCCGUGGGCUCGAGAGAGAUCAACCUGCAGAUGCUCGAGAUCGAAUACAAGAGCAGGAAGUCUCUCGCCAAAAUCAGCUUGAGUGACCCCAUCAAGAAGUUUUUGUUGUCACCCGCCACGAGUCAAGUACUUAUCCUCCACGAUAGCUAUAGAGGUUCGAAACUCUCGAUAGUGAGUUUCGCUCACUCGAAAGUCGUGCAGGAUGUGUUCAGCCAAGAAAGGGAUCUGGAAUGCACUUGCUCGAAGAACCCCAGUCUCAUGGGCGGAGCUGCCCUGGACACGACCAACCUCACGCACCCCGCCCUGUACUUCGUCGCCGGAGGGGGCGUCGGCGAGACCCCCAAGACGACGGUCGUGUACAAGACGGACUUACACGGCUGUGACUGCGAGCCGGUGUUUGUGCCUGAGGACUUCGGUUAUGGGCCUUGCGUCGAGAUCGCGGUGGACUUCGCUCAUCUCUACUGCUACGUCGGUGUCAACCAGACCCUGCUGUGGCUCCCCAAGACAGGCACCGUGUCUGCUGACUCCCUCCGUGCGCAGUAUCUGUACAAUGCAACGUCUCUCAUCCCUCUAGAUCUUGCAACACAGCCAAUGCCAGAUCCCGACUGCCUCACAACCUCGAACUACACCCACCUCCCCAAACUCGCCGGCAGUCAAGAGACGGCCAUCGCCAUUGAGCUGAAAGUCCCCGAGGCCAAAGUGGACGCCUGUGGGAGCCUGCCUUUACCCCCCGUCAUGUACACCGUCUACUACGCCCCCGUCGCCCACUCCGACGAGGGCUCCUGCGCGACGGACGUGAGGCUUUGCAGGCAGUGGAGGAGCACAAACCGAUUCAUCACCGUGGACGGGCUGCAGCCUUUCACUCGGUACGUCUUCCGGGCUUCCGUUGAGACCGUCUACAACCACAGACUGGGCAUCGUGUCUGUUGCCAGUCCCUCUGCCGUAUUCAAGACCAAAGCGAAAGCCCCUGAGAGCGUGGGCAAAUUCACGGCGGAGGUCAUGUCACCCGAGGAGAUCGACGUGAGCUUCGAGUCCGAGGCCGACCAGGUCUGGGUGAGAGUCUAUUCCAAGGACAAGCUCGUGCACACAGACAGCCCAAGAGUGGCGGUCAUCACACUGCCGGAACUACCUUACCUAAAACUCGAAAAUGCAAAGCCGCGCCCUCUACGUCUCGUGGACCCCGCCUGCAGAUCACUCCGUCAGUCGCCAUGUUACGCUGAGAUCUUUAAAUCGAUUGAAUACAUACCCCGGGGACAAACGCUAUGGAACCACUUGUCCAUGGUACAAACCUCGCCUGGACACAAGUACUUCGCCAAUAUCACCGACCUUGUACCGGCUACCUCUUACUUACUGAGAUUGAGAGUCAUUUACAGUAAUACUUUCCACUCUUUCACGUGGCCAGAACUGUUUCAACCAACACUAGGCGAGGUCCCAGGCGAGCCGGGUCAGGUGAUGCGGCAGACGGGCGCCCUCUCCUCCAGCGUGGGCCUGCGGGUGUGGUGGAGCAAAGCCGAGUCCAACGGCGCUCCCAUCGUCGCCUACACACUGCAGGCGGCUCCCUACACCUCCGAGAAGCUGGGCGGGAACACGACCUUCACGACGGUGUAUAAUGCGUCGGAGAACUACUGGCUGAUCGAGGGCCUCGAGGAGUCCUCCAGCUACAUCUUCCGCGCCCGGGCCAUCAACGAACUCGGGGUGGGGCCGUGGGGCAAGGAGAACGUCAUCGACACCGUGAUCGGCCCCAAAAUGUUGCCCCAGACAGACCUGCCCACAAUCCUCGCUUCCACCAUUCCUACCUCUUUCGUCUUCAUCGCCUUCUUGCUGUUCUGUCUGGUUUAUGGGAUGAAGAGAGCCGAGAGGAGGAGAAAAGUGAAGGCCGUGUCGGUGAGCGAGUCAUCACACCCUCACCAUCACCACCUGAGGAACAGAGAGGUCGAGCUGGCCACGCUCCGCCAACUCCCCACCAACAACAACUUCGUGACGGAGAACAACGUGCUCUACAACCUUCACACUUUCCCUGGCGACGACUUGGACCUCCCACACGUGUCCCGCCACUGCAUCACACUGACCAAAUUCCUGGGAAGUGGAGCUUUUGGCGAAGUGUUCGAAGGGACCGCCUGCGAGCUGCCAGGGUUGCCGGAAGUCACCAAAGUGGCUAUUAAGACUCUCCGCAAGGGCGCCACGGAGGCCGAGAAAACAGAGUUCCUGAAGGAGGCUCAGCUGAUGAGUCACUUCCAGCACGAGCAUAUCCUCCGCCUGCUCGCCGUCUGCACUGACCACGACCCCUUCUUCCUCAUUCUGGAGCUGAUGGAGGGCGGCGACCUGCUGUCCUACCUGCGCACGAGUCGAGGGGCCGAAUGCGGCUUGACCUUAGCUGACCUUGUGGCGAUGUGCGUGGACGUCGCCAAGGGCUGCGUGUACCUCGAGGAGAUGCAUUACGUCCACCGUGACCUGGCCGCUCGGAACUGCCUCGUGUCCACCACUGACCCCGAAUCCCGCAUAGUCAAGAUCGGAGAUUUCGGUCUGGCGAGGGACAUCUACAAGAACGACUACUACAGGAAGGAGGGCGAAGGACUCUUACCGGUGAGGUGGAUGUCCCCCGAGUCCUUAGUUGACGGCGUGUUCACCAGCCACUCUGACGUCUGGGCUUUCGGUGUCCUUCUGUGGGAGAUCCUGACGCUGGGGCAACAGCCGUAUCCUGCGCGGACCAACCUGGAGGUCCUUCACUACGUCCGCAGCGGAGGACGUCUGAACAGGCCUCCAAACUGCCCCGAGGAACUGCAUAAACUGAUGGAAAGAUGCUGGAGUUACAGCCCAGAAAACAGACCGACGUUCAAAGAAUGCCUGAGCACUUUGCUUAUGUUGGAGGAGACCAUUUCGGCCUUGCCUGCCCUCGCCGUUCACAACGUCCACUACAUUGGGUCCAAUGGUCCAUAUGGCUUAGAUAACCUGGCUUAUGCUGUAGAUCGAGAUGAGAACCACAAUACCAAUUCAGGCAAUUCCCUGGUGAGCGCCAACGGCUGCUCCGCCACCAACUCGUGGUCCACGCAGACGAGCAGCAGCAUGGCCAACCUGGGCCCAAGGAGAGGCAGCGGCCCCGAGGACCGGGUCCUGGUAGGCGAGGCCGAGGAGUGCGACUCCUUCUCGGGCGCGAGCACGCUGCCUCUGACGGCCCCGCUGAGGAGGCACCAGCAGUACCUGCAGCUGGUGAACGAGCCCUCGCCCACGUCGCCGCCCGUGUCCCCUCGGAGCGAGGCGUCCUCGGACUGGCCAAGGUUCUCGUCGUCCGCCGAGGCUCCUCCGUCGUCGGCCAGCCUCAUCGCUGCUGCCCAGGCGCCCCCUUCGUCUUCGCCGCCGGGCACAAGCCAUGCGUCGCCGGUGCCUGAGUCGCCCACCAGCGUCACCUUCACCUUCCCUCUGCCCAGCUUGCAGGGCGUCGUGUCGCCGCAGCACUACCUCAGGCCCUCCAGCAAUAAGGUGUUCGCGGGGCCCUCCCGCUCGGGCUCGUCCGAGAACGAGGAGGAGCUCGACGCCGGCUUCAGCCCCGCGCAGGCCGACAACUCGUACGUCAACAUGUCCGCCGGGGCGGAGCUGAAGCUGAUGGACGAAGUCACAGAGGCCGCAGACUUGGAGAAGAUCAACGGCGUGAACAUGAGAAUCAAAAGAGACGGCGACCUGCAAGCGGAACUGGACAGCCACCGGCUUAGUGGACUGUCAGGCUUGUCAGCCGUCAGCGGGAUGACGUCAGCCUCGACUGUCGAUCUCGACCACAGUCCCAGUCAGUCAUGGUGUUGAGAGUGACGAGACUCACGUCGAAGAGGCUGUCUCGACAUGAUGAAAUACUUAACACAGUGGGUAAUGAGCUUUUAAGACUUGAAUGUCAUCAGACUUCUGAUGCCAGCCUUUGUUUGUGUUUAAAUCCUCAUUUAAGAUACCAAACAACUUUUAUGUUAUGUGUCCCACAUAGUUCCUUAUUUUUUCUGAACUUGUAACAUACACGGUGUGUUUGUAUGCAUAUA